GUUAUUGCCCCUUUAAUGAAUAUACGCGCGAGGGGUACCCGCAGACAUACUUUCACCCUUUUGGAGUACAGUCAAGAAAAAAGGACGGAAAGUAAACAAGCGACCUUUCACGAGCUACACCGUGUAAACCAGGAUGCUACUGCAACCCAGACUGUGAGGGAAGCUACUCUCAACCUCGGUAAUAUAAGGAGAAUUGAGAAGGUGGCUGGUGUAGUGUGUGGAUCCACAUCCCUUCCCACUGGACGCCUGGUCCAGUCUCGAGUCAUGGCGCCCUUUGCACGUUGGGUCUGUGCUCUGCUAGUGUUGCUGUGUCAGUACCAACCGGCAUCGUCUCAGACCGUUCACAAGCUGGCCAUCAGGUCGGAUGUUCGAUUCCGCUUUGCCACAACGGAGGUCGAGUGUGUCAUGAGCAACGACAAGUCUUCGCCACACGAACUGAUGUUUGACUUCACUCUGCCCAAGGGAGCUUUUAUCACCAACUUUUCUAUGACAAUCGAAGGUAAGGAGUACCCGGGACAGGUGAAGGAGAAGGGACAAGCCCGAGAACAGUACCUGACGGCGCUUACGAAAGGACACACUGGGGGUCUGGUGGAAGAGAGCACUCGUCACACCAACAGGUUCGAUGUGUCCAUCAACAUCCGGGCUGGAGGUAAUGUGACCUUUACUCUCCUGUAUCAAGAGCUUCUGCGCAGGCGCUUUGGUUCUUACGAGCAUUUGGUGCACGUGAAUCCCAACUCGGGAGCCAAGGACUUCAGCAUUGAGGUCUAUGUCCAAGAACUCACCGAGAUAAAGCAUGUCCGGACUCCGCAACUCCGCAAGGACAUUCUGAGCAACGCAGUCAGUGAAGGCCAAAAUGCCCUGACCAAAAUCAGUCAGCCUACCCCGACUGCUGCCCACGUCGUGUUCCACCCGACACAGAGCGAGCUGAAAAACACUGGUUCUGGGUGGUUCGUUGUCCAGUAUGACGUAGCUUCGGCCAACACAGGUGAACUGCUGGUUGUCGACGGAUACUUUGUCCACUUCUUCGUGCCGCCUAGUGACCUGGCUCCCUUGCCCCUUGACAUUGUGUUCGUCCUUGACCGCAGUGGCUCGAUGAGUGGGCGACCCAUAGAGCAACUCAAAGAUGCGAUGACAAAUAUUCUUCGCGACGUCCGAGAGAUCGACAGGCUUAACAUUAUCAUCUUUAACGGUGAAGUAGAGAAUUGGCAGGACGGCUUAGUGGAGGCAAGCAAGACCAACAUCAACAAGGCUGUCCAGUAUGUGAAUAAUAUCCGGGAAGAUGGAUCGACCAACAUACACGCAGCGUUCAUGCGGGGUCUGAGGUUACUGAAGGAAGCGCGCGCCGAGAAUCGCGUGCCAGUCCUCUUCUUCCUGACAGACGGGCAGGCCACCUCGGGCGAGACCUCGUCCAACCAGAUCAUUAAUGAUGUCACAUCCGACAACGAUGGCGUGGCGAACGUUUACUGCCUGGCAUUCGGAAGCAGUGCUGACUACGAGCUCAUGAAGCAGGUGUCCGCCAAAAACAAUGGUUUCGCACGCAAGGUGUAUCCCGCCGCGGACGCAGCCUUGCAGGUGACCGGCCUGUACACAGAAAUCUCCACCGUGAUCCUCCGUGAUAUGACCAUCACUUACUACGACAGCGGCAACACCGACAACAGCCUCGUGCGCAUCGACAACUCGUCCCUCACCACCUGCGUGUUCCCCACCAUGUUCGGCCAAGCGGACGCCGUCGUGGCUGGCCGCAUAGAGAACCCCACUGCCAUUGACCUCAGUCAGGCCAUGGGCCUGACCCUGACAGUGUCGGGUCAAGGUGCAACAGGUCAGGUCAACCUCGUUCUCGACGAAAGCCUCGUCACCCAGCUGACGUUGAACCCUAUAGGAGAGAACCGUUUCUGGAGCGUGCCGCGCGACCUGGCAGCCAUGACGGAGCGGUCGUGGGCGUAUCUGACCAUCAAGCAGCUGCUGCAGCAGAAGGAGGCCUUCAAGACAAACGAGACCCUCGUGAAAGAGUUAGACACCAAAAUACUGGCACUGUCUCUCCAGUAUCACUUUGUGACUCCGCUUACCUCAAUGGUUGUAACGAGGCCCGAGGAUGCUGACAAGAAAGCCGACGACAACGCGCCGAGUGCUGCGUCCUUUGCAGACACCGACGAGAGAAAUGCCGACUUUCCAGGUUUAUUGAGGACGUCCAGCGCGAGGCAGCAUCAUAAGUCCAUGAGUCCACUUCGUCUAGCUCCACAAAGGGUCGCUGCACCAGGCGGACCUCUCGCUGCAAGACUCUCACUAAUGGAUCCUGUAAGGAAUUUCAUGCCAGAAACGGAACCAGAGGGAUAUUUUUCCUUUAAUCGAAACUACAUGGGUGCUUCACCAGACGAACCUCUCGUAGCAAGCAACGCACCAGUGUUACCUGAAAUGCAUUUCUUUGGACCAGCGGGAACAGUGGGGAGGCGAGGAAUGCCGAAGAAGGGCCGUCGAGGACCAAAGAGUGAAAAGAAGGUUGGAAAGAAGCUCUGCAAAAGCAAUAGCAGAGUCAUCUUGCAAGCUGCCCUGCUGAGUGAUUCCUCCUCUGACCCCAAAAUCUGCUUUGAACUGCAUCCAAAGGCUGACAUUAACUACACUUUGUUCGAAUAUACCACAGAGAAUUUCAGAAUAGUGACGGGUCAGAAGGACAAGCAGAUGAGUUUUCUUGCCAUUUAUCGAGGGGCAGAGAAUGUAAACAUCUCUGUGAACGAUGAUGGAAAUCUCGAUGUCCUCCAUGACCCUUCUGGUAGCUCAACUCUUUUCAACGACCUGUCGAAGGCGCCGAACACUUUGGACCUUGAAGUCGGCGCCUUUCAUGUCAUAGUCUUGGUCGCGAAGACUAAAUGCUCGACCACGUUCCUGGCGGUCAAAGUUCGCUCCACCAGUAAUCUUGCGCACGCGAGGAGACUCUAUGGUGGUGUGCUAGGUGACGCAAUGGUUGGUAACGACCAAAAGUCCAAGAAGAAUGGCAAAGUCGCCCGGCAAUGUGCAAAACUCUUCAAGACCACGAAUCACAAUUCUCGUCGUCUUGGAGACAGAGAGCUCACGAAGCGUUAUCGCAUUUAGCAAACUGCAUUCUGGGAACACUUUCUUACUUACUCCCAUCCCCCUGU